UUUCUCUCCGAUGCUGUUUGGUCUUUUCCCUCUCAAUUACUGAAUUACUUUCCCUUUGUCUGAGAUAUGUAGAGAUGCCUAUUGCCAACUCCUCUACGAAAAGACUUAAAAAAGUUUCUCAAAAGCCCUCUGCUUUUAUUUCUUUGUCUGCCAUUAAAAUGCCAUAAAUAUAACCACUUUACUUCUUCUCUCCCAUCCCCACUUGCCACCAUCUCUCCCUCUCUAUCUCUCUCUCUCUCUCUCGGUAGAGAGAGAAUAAAAAACUCUGGUCAUUUUCCGGCAGUUGCUCUCGUUUUCACUUUACUUAAUAUCUCCCAUUCUCCAUCCUUGUCAUUGACUCUUUACCUGAAAAUGGGUUGAUAUUUUGCGUCCAAAGUCACACGAAAACUGGUUUUCAUCUGCUUUAUCUCACCUUGGGUUCUGCCAUUAAUCCCAUUUUCACAUCUGGGUUUUCCUCAAAUCCCAACACAACCCAUCAAAAACAGGGAAAGGCGCGACCUUUAUUAAGCCAAAAAAAAAAAAACACACAAACACAAACAAAGAACAAGAAAACAUGAUCAGUUUCACAGACCUCUACCACGUUCUCACAGCUGUUGUGCCACUCUAUGUGGCCAUGAUCUUAGCCUACGGCUCAGUGAAAUGGUGGAAGAUCUUCAGCCCUGAUCAGUGUUCAGGCAUAAACCGCUUUGUGGCUCUGUUUGCAGUUCCUCUGCUCUCUUUCCACUUCAUCUCCACCAACAAUCCCUAUGCCAUGAACUACAGGUUCAUAGCAGCAGACACUCUUCAGAAAGUCAUAGUCUUGGUGGCCCUAGCAGUAUGGUCAAGAACCAGCUCAAGAGGUUCUCUAGAAUGGUCCAUAACUCUCUUUUCUCUCUCCACUCUCCCCAACACUCUGGUCAUGGGCAUACCCUUGUUAAAGGGUAUGUAUGGAGAUGCCUCAGGCAGCUUGAUGGUCCAAAUUGUGGUCCUCCAAUGCAUCAUUUGGUACACUCUGAUGCUCUUCUUGUUUGAGUACAGAGGAGCUAGGCUCUUGAUUGGAGAACAGUUCCCAGACACUGCUGGCUCCAUCAUUUCCUUCAGGGUUGAUUCUGAUAUCAUUUCCUUAGAUGGGAAAGAGCCGUUGCAAACAGAAGCUGAGGUUGGUGAAGAUGGCAAGCUCCAUGUCACUGUCAGAAAAUCUACUAGCUCUCGCUCUGAAAUCUACUCCAGAAGAUCCCACGGACCCAACUCUGGCGUUUCCUUAACUCCAAGGCCUUCUAAUCUAACAAAUGCUGAGAUUUACAGCCUUCAGUCUUCAAGAAACCCAACUCCCAGAGGCUCAAGCUUUAAUCACACUGACUUCUACUCCAUGGUGAACGGCAAGAACAUGAGCAAUGCGAGUCCAAGGCAGUCAAAUUAUGGAAAUGUUGGGUUUGAUGAAGAGGCAGGAGGAGUUGGGAUGAGAGGAGCAAAUGGGGUUUAUCCGCCGGGGAAUUCAGGGUAUCCCGCACCUCCUACAGCCGGAAUUUUCUCUCCGGUGACCGGGCCCAAUGCGAAGAAGAAACCCAAUGGGGCUGAUGGCGGUAAAGACCUCCACAUGUUUGUUUGGAGCUCAAGCGCCUCACCUGUGUCUGAAGGAGGCAUUCAUGUUUUCAGAGGUGGAGAGUAUGGCAAUGACAUUGGUGGGGUUGCUCACCAAAAGGAUUAUGAUGAGUUUGGCCGAGAUGAGUUCAGCUUUGACAACAGACCAAAUUCAAAUGGGGUUGACCGUGAAGGUCCUGUGCUUUCCAAGUUGGGUUCAAGCUCCACCACUGAACUCCAUCCCAAGACAGCUCAUGGUGAACCAAAGGCCACAGCCAUGCCACCUGCUAGUGUUAUGACCAGACUGAUUCUUAUCAUGGUUUGGCGAAAACUCAUUCGGAAUCCAAACACUUACUCCAGCCUUAUUGGCCUCACCUGGUCUUUAGUCUCAUAUAAGUGGCAUGUUGUUAUGCCCGCAAUCGUGGCCCGUUCAAUCGCCAUUCUGUCAGAUGCAGGUCUUGGAAUGGCCAUGUUUAGUCUUGGCUUGUUCAUGGCAUUACAACCAAAGAUGAUUGCCUGUGGAAAUUCAGUUGCUUCCUUUGCCAUGGCAGUUCGAUUCCUCUCCGGUCCGGCUGUCAUGGCGGCAGCCUCAAUUGCUGUAGGACUGCGAGGUGUUCUGUUGCACAUUGCCAUUGUACAGGCAGCUCUUCCACAAGGGAUUGUUCCCUUUGUCUUUGCCAAGGAAUACAAUGUUCAUCCUGACAUACUAAGCACCGGGGUUAUUUUUGGAAUGCUAAUUGCUCUGCCUAUCACAUUGGUUUACUACAUCCUGCUUGGACUGUGAAACAGAAUCUCUUAACUUGUUGAGCAAACAUUAGUCAUAAUGUAGUUCUCACCAUUUUGGCAUUGGGAUUUUGCUUUUUGGCUCUCUAACAGAAGAACAGCAUAGAUUUUCAGAAGAACGUAGACAAGAAGAUAGAUGUGGGGAGGAAAAUAUAAUGACAAGUUCUCUUCACACAAGGUAGAUAGAGAGAGAGAGAGAGGAGAGAGAAGAAUCAAGGAUGGAGAAAUGAGCUUUUAUGGAAGCUCUGCUACUUUUUUAUUCUCAUUUUGCCUUUUUCUAUGAACCUUUUGUGCAUUUGUUUUUUUGUUCUUUUGAUGAAGUGAAGCUUGUUUGUAGUUGGA